CACGAUUCACCAUAUCGUUUCCAUCUUUACCGUAGUGCGAAAUCCGGUCUUGAGAGUAUUCGCUUUGGAGAAGAGAUUAAAUGUCUGAUUGGCCUCGACGACUUGAGCUUGUUGCAUUCAAGCUCCGCCGUGCGGCUGCGCAUCCCGGCGCCCUUUCAGCUGAACACCACCGAGAUUCGCGAGGACCAGUCACAGCGACAUCUUGAGACGACAGGCGAAAGAAUUCGGAGCGUGUUAUGCGCGAGGGCGUUGUUGUCCAAGUACCUCGCGAGAAGACUGAAGACGUGGUGUGUACUGUGUCACGUUCGCGGCGUCUGAUCUGUAAGAAUCGAGUACCGGUCAUGUGAAUGGGUAAGACUCAAUCGCUCCUUUGCAUCACUCUACAUGUCUUUUGGAAUGCCAUUUCCAUUUAUAUCUACCAUUGCAUGCCUCUGUCUUCUCAUGAUACACAAAGCUUUAGCUUGCCCGUCGAACCAACAACUUUUCCCAUCGUCCUCACCCCUCUCAUCAGUCUUCCUCCCUUUCCUUUCUCCCGUAAACCUCAACUCACCCCCCUUCCUCCGCGUCACUAUCUUCAACACCCCCAUCCUCUUCCCCGUCGACACCGGCAGCACCGGCAUCCUCCUCGGCCACCCCAAACUCCCCUUCCUGGACACCACCGGCUACCCGCCCGCACACUCCUAUCUCUCGAGCAGCAACUUCCUCUACACCGGUUCUCUAGUCCCACUCACCCUCACCUUCAACGGCUCCAACGACUAUCCCCGAACGGUAACAUCCACAGUCCCCGUGUUGAUAGUCGACGCCAAAACCCACUGCCCCUGGUACAACCCCCUCACCGACGCCGGCACCUGUCCCCCAAACCCAUCCAACCAUUCCGACACUGGCACAGCCCUCCCGACAGCGGGGAUCAGCUACAUGGGCGUUGGGUUCGGGCGGAACACGGGGGAUGGGGAGCAACCGCAUGGCAUCCCCGCCUUGAACCCGUUUCUCAACAUCGAUAGCAUCGACGAUGUCCCUGUGGACCUAAAGUCGUGGCAUGCGGGCUACAUCAUCAACACGACCGGCGUGACGCUCGGUCUUACACCAAAUAAUACCGAGGACUUCGCGUGGGCGAAGCUGAAGCCGGGCAUCACGCACGCUGAGGAUUCAAGGGAUUGGGCCAUGCCGUCUAUGUGCGUGCGGGUGAACGACGAACCAGAGGAUUGCGGCGCGGCGCUCGUCGAUACGGGGAUCGCGCAGAUGUAUUUAAGGCGGGCGGUGGGGCGGGUGACGCCGAAUCAUACGCUGUCGCAGCCGACGAAGCGGCGGGUUGAUGAUGGGGUGAGGAUUGCGGUUGGUUUCUUGAGUAGCGAGGGGGCUGGCGAGGAGAAGGAGGUAGUGGCGGGGUACGAGUUUGUGGCUGGUGAGGGGAGCAAGAUGGAGCCGGUGUAUGUGGUGCCUGAGACGCAGAAGGAGGGUAAGGCGAGGGCGCCGUUUGUGAAUACCGGAAGGGCGUUUCUGUUUGGGUAUGAGGUGGCGUUUGAUGCAGAAGCGGGGCGGUUUGGGUUGAGAGAGGUGGUGGGAGGAGGUGACUUGGUCUGAGCUGUGAAGAAAGUAAUGUCGUUGAUGCACGGAUGCCAUCUGCUGAAGUGAUAGUGGUUGCCAGUGGGUUUUUAAUUGGCGACUAUUCGGCUUGAUACAGAAGAAAAGACAGUUGUAUGGGUUCGACAAGUAGCCGGUGUUGUAGAAUCCUAAAGGACGGCAUUGCUUUAGUUGAAACGAAUGUUGGGUGCGAAUACCGGUCAAGCAUUGGCGCUUUUUGUGAAAGCUUGAUCUAAUAAUAUGGGUCAUUAGGGUCGCCGAUGCUAGACUUAAUCAUUAAGUACGGCAUAUCGUUGGGG